AUGGGCAGCGUGGAGCAGGGCCUGGGGCGGGGCUUGGCCCUGGCGGCGGGCGCGGAUUGGCACGCUGCGAAUCUCCCUGCUGCCUUACAAGGCGGUGCGAGGCGAGCUAUUUUUAGAGGGCUAUAUAAGGGGGCCGAAAAGGCCGUGCGGUGGCCGGGGAGUGCGAGCGCGAGGGAUUGGGAGGGUAGCGGCGACACUUGCACCGGCUCCCGGGACGCCGAGGCGACUGGGCUCGGGCCGCACGCCGGCCUCCGACCUUCCCUUGGGCGCCAGGUGGAGCCCCAGGCGGCCGGAGCCUGCGCCCCUCAGAGGGGAGAGGGUCGCGUAUCGCCGUUCUGGCGUGGACGCGGCCGGUCAGGAGGCUGCCAGGGUGCAGAGAAGAAGCGCCAGAGAAGGAAGCGCCACACAAUGGAGCAGAACAAAGGGGAAUGCGCGAAAACAGCGGCCUGCCCCCGCCUCGCGCGCCGCGCGCAGUCCCCGCCCCCAGCCCCGCCGGCGCCCCUGUGCGUGCCGCCGCGCCCCGCCCCGCCCCGCCCGCCCAGCCUUCUGACCCGGCGCCGGGGACCGGGCGGGGGUCACACUCGGAGUUAGA